AGGGCUGUGUGCUUGUGCGCCGGUGGAGGGGACCCACGAUGACCUUCCCGUCCUCACCAAGACCUAAGAGGGAGCAGCCACCCCCAGCGAGAUCCUCCCUGUGCUGAUGAUUUUCAGGGACUUGUUGGCAACUCAGCGAGGGUUGCCAUAGCUUUUUUAUGUAGGGUGACCAGAACCGGUUGAAACUGGUUUGAGGCAGAUCAGCUCCUGAGCACAAUGCAGUCACUGAGCUACUACAGUGGGAUAGCAGCUUCCUCCCUUCAUGGCAGCCAAAAGCAGAGGAGCUUGCAGGAAGGGACCAUCCCAACACAGUAUGUGAAUGCACACUUAGACACCACACAGCACUGGUACGUGACUAAUGGAGCCCUAGAAGAGUCUGUGUAGAGAAGAUGGGGGAAAAUGUGCAGGUUUGCAAGGUCUGAGAUUACUUGGGCUUUUCCUGCCUUUUUCUUUUGCUUAAGGGAUGGACAAGGAGCUGAGAUUUAUGACCCUUAUUAAAGAAAAAAAUGUGCCUUGCUAGGGUGGGGACACUUGGUUUCUGCAGGCUCGCUCUCUCUCUCUCUCUCUCUCUCUCUCUCUCACUCUCUCUCUCUCUCUCUCUCUCUCUCUCCUCUAUGUUUUUAACAAAACAAAACCAAAAUGAACUGAUGGAUUUGUAAUAAUAGUUUGUUGCUGGAGAAUGCUACUUUGCAUGUUUUUUUCUCUUGCAGGGUAUGUUCUGUUUUGUGCUUUUCCUUUUAGAAGCUACUAAAGGGUUUUGGGGAUGCUUCUGACUAUUAUGAAGGCCAAAAGGCCUGUUGACUGGGGCUGCUUUUAACCCUUUCAUAUUUGCAGAGAAUGCAACCGUGUGACAGUAACUGAACAUUGGUCCAAAGUCUUUCCAAAAGGUCAAGGUUCACAAGGCAGUACCUCAGAGAUCCCGUGGGUCUGGGUUCCAGACCACCACCAGAAAGUGAUGAUCGCAGUAAAGCAAGUCACUUGAAUAUUUUGGUUUCUUGAACAUCUGAUCAAAUUCAUGACCAUGGGGGAUAUGAAGACCCCAGACUUUGAUGACCUCCUGGCAGCAUUUGACAUCCCAGAUAUGGUCGAUCCCAAAGCAGCUAUUGAAUCUGGACACGACGACCAGGAAGGCCACAUCAAGCAGAACGCCCACGUGGACGACGACUCCCACACGCCGUCCUCCUCCGACGUCGGCGUCAGUGUUAUUGUGAAGAAUGUGCGGAACAUCGACUCCUCCGAGGGCGCAGAGAAGGACGGCCACAAUCCCACCGGCAACGGCCUGCACAACGGGUUUCUCUCGGCGUCCUCUCUGGACACUUACAGUAAAGAUGGAUCGAAGUCCUUGAAAGGAGACGUGCCUACCUCAGAGGUGACUUUAAAAGACUCCGCUUUCAGCCAGUUCAGCCCCAUCUCCAGUGCUGAAGAGUUUGACGACGAUGAGAAGAUAGAGGUGGACGACCCCCCGGACAAAGAGGACAUGCGCUCCGGUUUCAGAUCGAAUGUGUUGACAGGGUCGGUUCCCCAGCAGGACUAUGACAAACUGAAGGCACUCGGGGGAGAAGGCUUAAGCAAAACUGGCAUCUCUACGCCAGGCAACCUAGAGAAAAACAAAGUUGUCAAGAGAGAAACGGAAACAAAUUCUAUAAACCUGAGUGUUUAUGAACCUUUCAAAGUCAGAAAAAUGGAGGAUAAACUGAAGGAAAACUCUGAAAAGGUGCUUGAAAACAGGGUCCCCGAGGGCAAGCUGAGCUCGGAGAAGAAUGACGCCUCCCUCGGCGGUGUGGUGCCCUCGAGGACCAAGCCAUCCUCCAAGCUCUCUUCCUGCAUCGCUGCAAUUGCGGCUCUUAGUGCUAAAAAGGCCGCUUCGGACUCCUCUAAAGAACCAGUGACCAACUCCCGGGAGGCCUCUCCGUUACCAAAAGAAGUAAACGAUAGCCCUAGAGCCAUUGAAAAGUCUCCGGAAUCCCAGAGUCUCAUCGAUGGGACGAAAAAAGCAUCCCUUAAGCAGCCGGAUAGUCCCAGGAGCAUUUCCAGUGAGAACAGUAGCAAGGGAUCGCCAUCCUCUCCUGCAGGGUCAACACCAGCAAUUCCCAAAGUCCGCAUAAAAACCAUCAAGACGUCUUCUGGGGAAAUCAAGAGAACAGUGACGAGGGUGUUGCCUGAAGUCGAUCUCGAUGCCGGAAAAAAGCCUUCUGAGCAGACGGGGUCCAUGGUGGCGUCCGUGACGUCGCUGCUGUCGUCUCCGACCUCGGCCGCCGUCCUUUCCUCCCCGCCCAGGGCGCCUCUGCAAUCGGCGGUCGUUACCAACGCGGUGGCCCCCGCCGAGCUGACCCCCAAACAGGUCACCAUCAAGCCUGUGGCGACUGCCUUCCUCCCGGUGUCGGCCGUGAAGACGGCCGGGUCUCAAGUCAUUAAUUUGAAGCUCGCCAACAACACGACGGUCAAAGCCACGGUCAUAUCUGCUGCUUCUGUGCAGAGCGCCAGCAGUGCCAUCAUUAAAGCUGCCAACGCCAUCCAGCAGCAGACCGUCGUGGUGCCGGCCUCCAGCUUGGCCAAUGCCAAACUCGUGCCAAAGACUGUGCACCUUGCCAACCUUAACCUUCUGCCUCAGGGCGCCCAGGCCACCUCCGAGCUCCGCCAGGUGCUCACCAAACCUCAGCAGCAAAUAAAGCAGGCAAUAAUCAGUGCCGCGGCCUCACAGCCACCCAAGAAGGUGUCGCGGGUCCAGGUGGUGUCCUCCCUGCAGAGUUCUGUGGUGGAAGCUUUCAACAAGGUGCUGAGCAGCGUCAACCCAGUCCCAGUUUACAUCCCCAACCUUAGUCCUCCUGCGAACGCGGGCAUCACGUUACCGACCCGCGGCUACAAGUGCUUGGAGUGUGGGGACUCUUUCGCCCUUGAGAAGAGCCUGACCCAACACUACGACAGGCGCAGCGUGCGCAUCGAAGUAACGUGCAACCACUGCACCAAGAACCUCGUUUUUUACAACAAGUGCAGUCUCCUGUCCCAUGCCCGCGGGCACAAGGAGAAGGGAGUGGUGAUGCAGUGUUCACACUUGAUCUUGAAGCCAGUCCCAGCAGAUCAGAUGAUUGUUUCUCCAUCAAGCAAUACUCCUGCUUCAUCUUCCGCCCUCCCGAGCUCCUCGGGAGCCGGCACACACACUGUAACAAAAAUUCAGUCUGGCAUAACCGGGACAGUCAUAUCAGCCCCUUCCAGCACACCCAUCAUUCCAGCUAUGCCUCUGGAUGAAGACCCAUCCAAGCUCUGUAGGCAUAGUCUGAAAUGUUUGGAGUGUAAUGAAGUUUUCCAGGAUGAGACGUCGCUGGCCACUCAUUUCCAGCAGGCUGCAGAUACAAGUGGACAAAAGACUUGCACUGUCUGCCAGAUGCUGCUUCCUAACCAGUGCAGUUACGCAUCUCAUCAGAGAAUCCACCAGCACAAAUCUCCCUACACCUGCCCCGAGUGCGGGGCCAUCUGCAGGUCGGUGCACUUCCAGACCCACGUCACCAAGAACUGUCUGCACUACACGCGGAGAGUUGGUUUUCGAUGUGUGCAUUGCAAUGUUGUGUACUCUGAUGUGGCCGCACUGAAGUCUCACAUUCAAGGUUCUCACUGUGAAGUCUUCUACAAGUGUCCUAUUUGUCCAAUGGCGUUUAAGUCUGCCCCAAGUACACAUUCUCAUGCCUACACGCAGCAUCCCGGCAUCAAGAUAGGAGAGCCAAAAAUAAUAUAUAAGUGUUCCAUGUGUGACACUGUAUUUACCCUGCAAACCCUGCUGUAUCGCCACUUUGACCAACACAUCGAAAACCAGAAGGUGUCUGUUUUCAAGUGUCCAGACUGUUCUCUCUUAUACGCACAGAAGCAACUCAUGAUGGACCAUAUCAAGUCUAUGCAUGGAACAUUGAAAAGUAUUGAAGGGCCUCCAAACUUGGGUAUAAACUUGCCUUUGAGCAUUAAGCCCACAACUCAAAAUUCAGCAAAUCAAAACAAAGAGGACACCAGAUCCGUGAACGGGAAAGAGAAAUUGGAAAAGAAAUCCCCAUCACCCGUGAAAAAAUCUUUGGAACCCAAGAAAGUGGCCAGUCCUGGGUGGACGUGUUGGGAGUGUGACCGGUUAUUCACGCAAAGAGAUGUUUACAUUUCCCACGUGAGGAAGGAGCAUGGGAAGCAAAUGAAGAAGCACCCCUGCCGCCAGUGUGACAAGUCUUUUAGCUCAUCCCACAGCCUGUGCCGUCACAACCGGAUCAAGCACAAAGGCAUCAGGAAAGUUUAUACCUGCUCGCACUGCCCAGACUCCAGGCGUACCUUCACGAAGCGGUUAAUGCUGGAGAAACACAUCCAACUCAUGCACGGAAUUAAGGAUCCUGACUUGAAAGAAAUGACAGAAGCCACCAAUGAGGAGGAAGCAGAAAUAAAAGAAGAUACCAAGGUUCCCAGUCCCAAGCGGAAGUUGGAAGAACCCGUUUUAGAGUUCAGACCUCCCCGAGGAGCCAUCACGCAGCCCCUGAAGAAGCUGAAGAUCAAUGUGUUCAAGGUGCACAAGUGCGCCGUGUGCGGCUUCACCACGGAGAACCUGCUGCAGUUCCACGAGCACAUUCCACAGCACAAGUCAGACGGCUCGUCCCACCAGUGCCGCGAGUGCGGCCUCUGCUACACGUCGCACGUCUCCCUGUCCCGGCACCUCUUCAUCGUCCACAAACUGAAGGAGCCGCAGCCAGCGGCCAAGCAGAACGGGGCCGGCGAGGAGAGCCAGCAGGAGAACAAGCCUGGCCCAGAGGACGCGCCGGCCGACGGCCCCGUGUCGGACAGAACGUGCAAAGUGUGUGCAAAGACGUUCGAGACGGAAGCUGCCUUAAACGCCCACAUGCGGACCCACGGCAUGGCCUUCAUCAAAUCCAAAAGAGUGAGCUCAGCGGAGAAAUAGCCGCGCACCCUUCCCGCCGAGAGUCCCGGUCCACGUUGGAAGCAAAGAGACAGUUUUCUUACAAAAAGUUGGCAGUUAUCAUAGAGUUAACAGUACUGUCUAGGCUGUUGCAAUAUAUCCUCCUUCCACUCCCUUCUCCGCCUCCUCCUGUAUAUCCUCCUCGAUUAAGUAUUAAAACAGUAUUUGAGUUGAAAAGAGUUUGUAUAUAUUUAAAUGAAUAACUUUUUAUACUCUUUGUUACAUGUUUAUAUCAGUAUUUAGUGGAAAAUGUUUUGAAGUUUUUUUUCGUUUCGUUCUUGGUUUUUUGUUUUUUUUUUAAUUUGAGUUAGAAUUUUUCUUUUUGUACUGUUUCUUUAAAACAGUUCUUAGUAUCAGGGGCAGUUCCUGAAUUCAAAUAAACCAUUUUGUAUGUCACAGAUUUGAAUGGGUUAACUAAUUACAGGCUACGAUAAUGCCUUUUUUAGUGUUUUUAAUUUUUAGAAUUCACUACAUAAAUCGUAGGUGAUUGUAGGUCUCAAAAACACUAGGGACUUUUAAGUGUCUUAGCACUAUCCUCAACGUGCCUGCUCCGCCAGGGGGUGCCGGCCCCGUCAGGACCGCAGCCCGGCGUGUGGCGUCUUCUCCAGGCCAAACUGUGUCGAAAGCAGCCUUGCAGGUCGCUUCUUUCUCAGUGGGGGGAUGAAAACUUGGGCCAGAGAUCCAGUAAGGAACGUGGAUUGAUUCCAUCUCAGAAUGGGGAAGAAGGAUAUCCUAAAGGGAAGACACGGGGGUGCGGGGUGGCUGGGGGCCGCGGUGGCUUUCUGGGCCGAUUUGCAAGGCUGACUUUUAAAGAGCACAAGGAGAUACAGCAGCGAAAGGGCUGGACUGUAAAAGUUACAAAUACGUAGUUAGACCAAUAGGUUUAUAUAGUCAAGCUUUUGUCAUGUAAUUUAUUAACUAUUGCAAAGACACAACUAAAAAUAUCAAGUAUUUCUCUGGCUCUUGACAGGAAAAAAAAAAAAUCACAAUUGACUUAACCCUUUGCUGUCUAAAGAGUUGGCGUUUCCUGUUCAGGGUGCUACUGCCAUACGUCCUGGUACUUAGACUUGGGAUGCACAACUUCCACCUUAUUGAUGCAGCAGCCGGCAUGUCGCAAUUGGCCGUUCGAGUCAGCACUGAGCCACCUGGGUUUAGUUCAGCCAUUUAAAUAAGUAUCUUUAACAUCGGUAGUUCCGCUUUCUUAGUGCAGCCGAGGUACUCUUCUGUCCCUUCCAAACGUUUAUAGUUCUCUGGGAGAGUUAUACUUUUUGGUUUUGUGUUUUGUGUUUUCUUUUGCAUUUUAUAUCUUGUAUUUAUCCCUAAACAUGUUUUGUACUUUUUUUUUUUAAGAGAAGAAAUUCUUUUGUGUAUAUAUAGAUAUACUUGCAUGAUAUACUGUAGUCAACGUUCGGUUCCUCAGAAGGUCUUGCUGCUGUCAGGUGUCAUGCACUAACCAUAUCCAUCCUAACUGUAUUAAACACAUUUCAUAUGUAAAUAAACGUGGGACAUUUG